GGCGGAUAGCUUGCACACCUUGUAUGUGUUUUUUUUUUAAUGAUUCUUUUUUUUUUUUUUGGGAUCACACUGACAACCUGACGUGUUUCAAGUACCUUCACUCCCGAAGAGACGUCGCGGUCGACGUGGAGUCCUCCGCAGAGGGAAACCACGGUGUCAUUCGGCUCAAUCCUGCACCGCUGGGCCACCGUCUCUCCGUCUCUCUCUCUCUCUCUCUCGAGCUGCCUCCGCCUGGCACGACAGCGGAGACGAGCGCCGGGGACGGGACACCGCCACGGGCAUCAAAGGGAGGGGAGGGAUCUCUGAAGGCAGAGGACGAGGGAAGAGAGCGCUCUGCUCCGUAGUCCUGCCGGACGCUCCGCAUCCCGCUGCGUAACCACGGUGAUGCAUCUCCUACGCGCUUGCUCCGUAUCGCCGACGACACUUUCAUUCUUGCAUCCCUCUCACGGGAUUUUUUUUACGUUCCACAUAAUGUGAGUCUCUGAGCAGCACGGUUCAUUAACAUAUCGCUAAUGAAGCGCGACCGGGGGGGCAACGGCCAGGCGGCGGAUGAGUCCUGCUGAGAUGGGCAAAUAGGGGCCACCCUCCUGCAGGCUGCUGAUGAGCGCCGGCACCCACGGCUGAGAGGCGGAUGUAAACUCCUCCGGGAAACGUAACAUGGCUCAUCUCAAAGUCCUCGACUGCAUGAUCAACAACAACUGGAGUCUGAUCUGCGACCUGUACUGCGCCUGGAGCGAUCAGGCCAAGCAGAAGGAUGGGCGCGAUCAGAGCGAGGCGUCGGCCGUGGCGUCCCUCGGCGCCGAGGAGGAGCCCUUCUCCUGGCCGGGCCCCAAAACGCUGCACCUGCGGCGCACCUCGCAGGGCUUCGGCUUCACGCUGCGCCACUUCAUCGUCUACCCGCCGGAGAGCGCCGUCCACAACUCCCUGAAGGAUGAAGACAAUGGCAGCCGAGGGCGACAGCGGAACCGUCUGGAGCCAAUGGACACCAUUUUCGUCAAGCAAGUGAAGGAGGGAGGCCCCGCCCACGGAGCUGGACUCUGUACAGGGGACCGGAUAGUCAAGGUGAACGGGGAGAGCAUCAUUGGAAAGACCUACUCGCAAGUGAUAGCUUUGAUCCAGAACAGCGAUGCCUCACUGGAACUCUGUGUGAUGCCAAAGGAUGAGGACAUUUUGCAGCUGUUUUCCAGGGACAUCACUGCUCUGGCGUAUUCCCAGGAUGCAUAUCUCAAAGGAAAUGAUGCGUACAGCGGAAAUGCCCAGAACAUCCCCGAGCCCCCUCCCAUAUGCUACCCUCGGAUAGAAGUCAAGUCUGCGGGCAUGGCUCAGACAUCGGAGCCCGCCGCAGUCACCGAGAGCCCCCCAGGGGCGGCUCAAGGGCCGGGAAGGAGAGGGGAAAAGAGCUACAGGGCUGAAACCCCCCCUGCUGCGCCCCCACAGGCGUCCAAGUCCCAGACGGUGGUCUGUGUCUGCAGUGAGAGCGUGAGGACAGUGGCCAUGUCUCCUGAUGCAGUGGACCGGGGGUCCCGGGUGGCCCGGGCUGGACCCAGCCACAGGACAGAGGAAAACCGGUACAGCCCCACAGCAGAAUCCUCAGCCGCCGCGAGACCGCUCAUUCACUCAGUACCUGGGGGGGCACAGCACCCCUCGUCCCAUCCCGCAGACGGCCCGGCCUGCUCCCCUCCAACAAGACCCGGCGCCACCUGUCCGGACACUUUGUCUCCAGCGGUACGGGUCACGGCUGCCUCACCGGACACCUUCUCCACCGCCGCCUCGCCCAGCGGCAACCUCUGCACCCCCUCUCCCACAACCCCCUCCGCCUCCCCGCACCAGAACAUCGACUGGAAAAACUACACCACCUACAAGGACUACAUCGACGCCAAGAGGCUGCACACGUACGGUUGCCGCACCAUCCAGGAGCGGCUGGACAGCUUGCGCGCGGCGGCAAACUCCACCUCCGCCUACGCCCAGCAACGCACGCCGCCUGCCCCCGGCACACCUCAGAGAGGGGCGCCGGGCUCUCAGGCGAGGUGGAGGAGCACCUCCAACGAACGCGCGGUGGAUCCAAGGAGCAAAGGCGCCGCGGGGGCUUCGCUGCGUAGCGUCUCCCAAGAGAGGCUCGGCGGCGGAGGCGCGAGGACGGCGGCGGGCGUAAGUUGGCCGCGGAGUGCUUCCGAGGACGCUCUGCCUUUCUCCAGCCCCGCCGGAGUCCCGGAACCUCGGGCGCGGUCCUGCGACCACCUGGGGCAGCGGGCGGGGGAACCAGCGGCGCGCGGAGACCGGGUGGUGCUGGAGGACCGGCUGAUGCUGUGUCGGGGCGAGGAAGCCAGAGCCAGCAGGCAGGGGACAGGCCCGAGAGCUUUGCCCCACCUGAACAGGAGUCUCACCGGGCGAGGAGGUGGAUUGUCAAACUCCGCUCCUGUGUUUACCAAAUUCUCGACGGACACUGCGCUAACGUCGAGGGCGGACGGGGUCAUAAUGAGGCCGUCGCGCCUGGCUGUUAAAAACGCCGCCUCCGAACCUUCGCCUGCCUUAUCCUGCACAAGAGCCGCAGACCCUCUUCAAGACCAAAGAGCCAACAUCGUGGGCAACCACCUGGGCUACUCGUCCCCUCUCAGGGGCCGGGCGGAAAGUCUGAGAAUGGAGAGCAGGUCGGAGGCUGGGUUGGCGGCCAGGUCCUCGUCUUGCUCCGGUGCCUCCUCCAAACUGCCUUUGCAGAAACAACUACAAAGUGCAGUAGUUGCCGCUGCUUCUUCCUCUGGUUCCUCCACCUCAAAUGGAGCUGUCACCCAAAAGCCAAGAGCCCGAGAAAUGUCCAGUUCUACCGGCGCCCUCCCGCGGCUAAACGGCGGUCUGUCGGAAGGCGUAGAAGGACCGGACGCGACAGUCGUCAUCCUAAGAAGGGACAAAAACUCCGGACCCCCCCACAUCCGCCCUCCGUCCUACGUGCUGGCUCUUAAUGACAACCAGGGAGGAGUGACUCGCAGGACGCCGCCACUGGUGAAGGCAGGCUCCGCAGACGGAGCCAUGUGCAGGACCUCGAAUGACAGCUUCAAGGAGAUGCAUCUCAGGAGGCUCGGAGACACGCGCCUGAGGUCCGGCUCCAACGACCUGGACGACUCCCUGGAUUCAAUCCCCUUCAUAGACGAACCAUCCAGUCCCAGUACCGACCAGGACAGCACACACGUCCCCGCCUCCGCCAUUACCUGCGGAACGCCCGUCAUCACCACCGGGCCACCCAGCCCCAGCUCUCUGUCGCCUCUCAUUCGACGCCACCUGUCACAUGACCAAGAUUCUCUCCGUCUCACGGUCGCCGAGUCCGAUUCUGGCACAAAAACGGAGCGGUCCAAGUCAUGUGACGAAGGCCUGGAUAACUACCGGGGAGAAGGCAUAGGCGGGUCUUUAAUACCUGGUCUGAAGAGUCUGAGGAAGGGGGGGGACAGGUCAUCCGAAGAUUCGGGGUCCAGGAGGGAUUCUUCGUCUGACGUCUUCUGCGACGCCACCAAGGAGGGUUUGCUUCACUUCAGGCAGCUGAGCACGGACAAGAGCAAGCGCGUCGGAGGAGGCAUGCGCCCGUGGAAACAGAUGUACGCCGUGCUGAGAGGCCGCUACCUUUGCCUGUACAAAGACAAAAAGGAAGGACAGGCUCACGCCAACUGCCAAUCGGUGGACGAGCCUCUGCCCAUCAGCAUCGAGGCGUGUCUCAUCGACAUCUCGUACAGCGACACCAAGCGGAAGAACGUGCUGCGGCUGACCACGUCGGACUGCGAGUACCUGUUCCAGGCCGAGGACCGAGAGGACAUGCUGGCCUGGAUCCGAGUCAUACAGGAGAACGGCAACAUGGACGAGGAGAAUUCUGUCUUCACCAGCCAUGACCUCAUCAGCAGGAAGAUCAAGGAGUACAACACCUUGAUGAGUCCGACGGGCAGCAAGACGGAGCCGUCGCCCAAACCCUCCCGCCAGUCGCUGAGCAUCAGGCACACGCUGCUGGGAGGCAAAGGAGACAGCAAGGCCACCAGUCCUCCCACACCCAAAACAGAGCAGGACAGGAAGAACAUGCACAAAGACGACACCAGCCCUCCCAAGGACAAAGGGACGUGGAGGAAGAGCAUCCCGGGGCUGAUGAGGAAACCCUUCGAGAGGAAGCCGUCCCCCGGAGUCACGUUCGGAGUGAGGCUGGACGACUGUCCCCCUGCACGGACCAACAAGUUUGUGCCUCUGAUUGUGGAGGUGUGCUGUAAGCUGGUGGAGGAGAGGGGGCUGGAGUACACGGGCAUCUACAGAGUCCCCGGGAACAACGCGGCCAUCUCCAACAUGCAGGAGGAGCUCAAUAACAAGGGCAUGAACGACAUCGACAUCCAGGACGAUAAAUGGAGGGACCUGAAUGUGAUCAGCAGUUUACUCAAGUCCUUCUUCCGUAAACUUCCAGAGCCGUUGUUCACGAAUGACAGGUACGCGGACUUCAUAGACGCCAACAGAACAGAGGACCCAGUGGAGAGGCUCAAAGUGCUCAAGAGGCUGCUUCACGAGUUGCCCGAUCAUCAUUACGAGACCCUCAAGUUCCUCUCGGCUCAUCUCAAAGCGGUGGCGGACAACUCGGAGAAGAAUAAGAUGGAGCCGAGGAACCUGGCCAUCGUGUUCGGUCCCACUCUGGUGCGGACCACCGAGGACAACAUGACCCACAUGGUGACACACAUGCCGGACCAGUACCGGAUCGUGGAGGCCCUCAUUCAGAACUAUAACUGGUUUUUCACUGAAGAUGGAAACGGAGAUCCAGUGACCAUAUCGCGUAACGACAGUGCGGUGGAGUCUCAGCCGGUGCCCAACAUCGACCACCUGCUCACCAACAUCGGGCGCACGGGCGCGUCGCAGGGUGAAGUAUCAGAUUCACAGACUAGCGACUCGGCCAAAUCCAAGGCUUCCUGGGGCUCAGGGAAGGACCGGGAGCUCCUAGUCUCCUCCAUCUUUGCUGUAGCCAGUCGCAAAAGAAAGAAAUCAAAGGAGAAGCCGCAGCCCAGCAGCUCAGAUGACGACCUGGACGCCGCGCUCGCCAAAAAUGAAAUCCCCGGCCAGAAGCCGAACCACCGCGGCCUCUCGGCCGAGGCGCAGGGCCUCGACGCCUCGGCGCCGGUACGCGCAGACGAGAGGAAAGAGAACGGGAGAACUGUGGCGGCCGCCCCCAAAGCCAAGAGAGAGCACUGUCACUCCUCGCUGCUGAAGGACAAGACUCCGCCUCUGCCCUCCCCAAACGUCCCGGGCUACCAGACUCAGGCGAGGUGCUGCUUGUCCGACCCCCUGUCCCACCUCGACGAGAACACCUCCGACCUCGGGACCAUGAGCUCCGGGGCGUCCGUGCCCAGGUCAAGACCCAAAAAGUGGAGCGGAGCGUCCCCCGACCUCGCCGCGGCCGGUCCGGGGGCGUCGGCCGGAGCGGAGGUGAGCUCCAUCACCUCGGACUACUCCACCACUUCCUCCAUCACGUUCCUGACCGGCGCCGAGUCCAGCGCGCUCAGUCCGGAGCUGCAGGGCGGGGAGGAGGCGGACGACGAGCGCAGCGAGCUCAUCAGCGAGGGGCGACCCAUGGAGACGGACAGCGAGAGCGACUUCCCGGUGUUCGCCCCGGGCGGCGGCAGCAGCCAGUCCACGCCGCGCCCGCACCCGGGUCCGGGCGAGGCCGAGCUCGGGGGAGGCGGCGCGGCGCCCGAGGGCGGCACCACGCCGAGGCUGGAGGCGCGGCGCCUGUUCCCGACGCAGAGGAUGAUCGAGUGCGACACCCUCUCCAGGAGGUGGUCCCUGAGACAGCAGACCGACAGCGAGUCGUCGGUGGAGGGCGGCGCCGGCGGGAGCGCGGAGCGCGGCGAGGGCAAGGCCGAGUCCUCCACGCGGCUCUCCCGGGUCCUGGAGGUGAUGAAGAAAGGCCGGUCCACCAGCAGCCUCAGCUCGUCCUCGCGCAGCGAGUCGGAGCGCUCCGAGCCCUCCUGGCACCUCAGGAUCACCGAGCGCCUCAAGCUCAGGCUGCGCUCCUCCGCCGACGACAUGUUCACCCAGAAGAACCGAGCGCCGGAGGCCCGCGGGAAGAAGAAGAGCAUCCGCCGCAGGCACACCAUGGCCGGGCAGAGGGACUUCGCGGAGCUGGCGGUCAUCAACGACUGGAGGGAGCAGGGCGGCGUGGACCAGACGGCGGAGCUGUCCGCCCUGGACCGCCUCAAGCCCCGGUGUUCCUCUCAGGACUUCUCCAUCCGCGACUGGAUCACCAGAGAGCGGUGCCGAGGCCCCGAUUCCAGCGCCGAGGUGGCACCUCGAGCCGCCGCCGAGGACGCUCGCCCGGAGGCCGGGGACGUGGCCCCCGACAGACCCUCUCCCUCCGCGUCCCCGGGCGCACCGGCGCCGCCGGCGGGGGAGCACGCCAACGGCGGCGCGCCGCAGGGCAAACACAGAGCGGGCCUCGGGGCCGACGCUCACCCGCACAAACUGACCGGAGCACAGGUGGUCCGCUCGCGGUUCUACCAGUAUCUGUGAAACGCCACCAGCCGCUUGAGGAAAAACCAACGGAAUGAAUGCGGGAAUGUACGAAUGUGGGUAUUUUAGCGAAGGUUACUGCACAAUAUUUUUUCUACAAAGUGAACUUUAUGUAUCUACUGUACAUACCAUGUACAGGCUUAUGCGACUGUUACUGGAAUGAUGAAGAACAGAUGUUUAUGAGUGUGAUUCCACACUGGAACCGACGUGGACAAAACGCUGACCUCCUCCUGCGGGGGUCGAACCCCGCUCACGCAACAACGUGACGCGGCCCGUUACAGCCGCGUCGACGGGACACGAGUGGACUCUGUGGAUCGUAGGACGGCACUAAUGAACAGAAGGAACUUACUGAACGCAGGAGGAGGCUUCUUUUUGUUAAGGAAUCAUGGUUCAGUUUCUUCCUGUUAUAAAGCGGUAUGAAGAAUGUAUUACUCUCACGGACUAACACUAGUUGCUUGUGACAAUAUUGUCAUUUUCAAAACAUUAGGUAUGUGUUUCUUGUUGCCUGUACUUGAAGUAUACGGAUGUAACUGAGGGCUGCUUUCUGGGCUGGGUGCUGUGGGAAGGUUUUUUUUCACAGUGCAGUCAUAACAGCCAGAUAUUAGCUUGAUGAACUGGAGGAUUUUUAUAGUUUUAUCAAAUAAAGUAAUGAAAAGCUGAUACCAUAGUAUGUAAUGCUUGGUACAGUGGUCUUUAUUUCCAAACUUUGUUCAGUUAUAGACCAGUUUUCACACAUUGUUUUUAUCUCAAGAAGAAAAAGUGCCUCUUUUUUCCCUUUUUAUAAAAACUGUUUUACCGGCAGUUGACAAGAAAAACACUUUUAGGAGAAAAUAACCUCACAGGCAUUCCAGAGAUGUUUUUUUGUUGUGGGGUCUUUCCUGUUUUGAGUUAAACUCACAUCGAUAUCAGAGCAUCCAAAUAGUCUGUCUGUGUCUCAUUAUAUAGAUUUACCCCCCCCCCCUCUUUAUUUUAAAAUGCAGUAAAAUGCGUGGGCGCUUAUAACCUGGGAGAAAAAAAACAAAGGUAUCUUUAUAACUGCAUGAGACAAUGUUUUCUGAACAGUGAACAUCUCGCCUGUGUACAGAGAAGCAGGGAAGCAAUGGCCUCCCUCAACAAACAC